AUGGAAGGUACCAGGAUGAAGCCAAGCGCGAAAGGCGAGAGCUUGUACAAGUAUAUCGGUGAAUUUGCAUUGGCCAUCCAAUCGGAGGAUGGCUCGAGGCUGGCCCAGCUGGUGUCUAUGGCCCUCUCGGAAACACUGUAUACUAGAGCCAACUACGAGGAACCACAGGAAAGCGAGUUGAGGAGGCUGAAGCCCAAUUGGAGAGAGGUGGUGAAGGCUUAUUUGCAUGUGACAAAGGUUGCUCUGAAGGAGAACGAUUUGAAAAAAGUGGUAUUUAGCCAGACGGAACUGCUUACACACCUGUCUCGUUGCGCAGAAAGAGAAUCCAAUUGGGUACUGCCAGCAUUGUUGCUCGUGACUAGACAAGUUAGCUUUUUAUAUUCGGCCUACGAGGGUCAGAAAAGUAAGGAAGCACUGGCCGAAGAGGAAGAAUUGGCUGUUCUCGAGAAAGUUGUGGAAGCCGUGAACAGGCCAUUCAAGAUAUGUCUUAGUGAUAAGAGUGACCUGCGAUUCAGCAAGAAAAGCGCCGUUUAUUUUUUUGCCGGCCAACUGUUCAAAUACUACCGAACUAUGAAGAAAUAUGAAUUAUCAAAGAGUAUCGAGAAGGCGCUAGCAGCGUCUGCCACAGAAUUGCCUUCCAUUACUGCUAUUCCCAAAAAGAGUGCGGUGAUUUAUCUUUACUACUCCGGGUGUUUAGCCUGUAUUGAUAACGAUUUUGAGAAGGCCAAUGAUCGUUUAUCUCAGGCUUUAUUGCUGUGUCACAAAGACUCGUUCAAGCAGAAGCAGUCAAUUCUCGUGACCCUCAUUCCGGUGCGAUUCAUCGUUACUCGUCAACUGCCUAGCAAAGCGUGUUUGACCAGCCUGAGCGAUCUCGGUUUGGCAUAUUCUGAUAUAUUUCGCGCCGUCAAACUCGGAGAUCUUGCCCUCUUUGAUUCUCAAUUCCAGCGACUACAGAGUUUGCUCCUGAAAAAGAAUCUUUACUACGUGUUUCUUAAGAUGCGUAUGUACGUGGUUGCAAAGCUUGUCAAGGUGGUGUGUUCUGCAAUGACGGGAAAAUUUCAAAUAUCUGUGGCUUCCCUGUCCUGUGCACUGGAGUAUUCAGGCAAGCAGCCAGAGGGAUCGUUCUCUGCAGACUAUACUGAAUCAAUUGUGGCGAAUUUAAUAUCGCAGGGACUGGUUAAAGGAUAUUUGUCACAUGGCAACCGUGUGCUCGUUCUGAGCAAAAAAGAACCGUUUCCGGUCCAGGUUCUGGCAGAGAAACAGUAA